UGCAGAAGGGUACUUGCAACCGAGUUUAGGUCUGCGACAAAUAACAGUAUCCAGUGUUGUCUGUUUCUAUACGCUUCAUACAUUGAAACCCAACCUGCACUUUGAUUAACCGAAACGGCGUUUUUCUUGUGAUUGCUUAAGUAUUUAGUAUCGCGCAGCGAAAGGUAUUAACGUUGGCAGUGUAGUGUACCUUAGACAUGAGUAGGAUGGAUGUUGUUGGACUACGCAACGACAUAAACAAAGAGCUGGACGAACAGCUGGCCUGCGACGUCAAUGAUGCACUAGGAUCCCGCAAGGGCUACAGCGACACAAGCUAUGACCAUCGUAUACGGGCCCGGAUGCCCGUCGAUCGCUAUGCUUCCGACUACAACAUGGGCCAUACACGUCGGGGAUUGGCGCUGAUAUUCAAUCACGAAAAUUUCGAUGUGCCGCAGCUGAAACCGCGUGCAGGUACGAACGUUGAUUGUGAAAACUUAUCCACCGCGCUCCAAGGACUUGACUUUGAGGUACACGUCUACAAGGACCUAAAGCUACGCGACUUGCAGAAGGAAAUCGAGCGAGUUUCCCUAAUGGAUCAUAGUGAUUGUGACUGCAUACUUGUGACAAUCCUUUCUCACGGCGAACUCGGUUACCUUUACGCAAAGGACUGCCAGUACAAGCUGGACGUUAUCUGGUCUUUCUUCACGGCAAACCACUGUCCAUCUUUGGCAGGGAAGCCGAAGCUAUUCUUUAUACAAGCUUGCCAGGGUGAUCAGCUUGAUGGAGGAGUGAUGCUGUCGCCGAAAGAUCGCACCGAAACGGAUAGUUCCUCGGCGAUGACAUUUAAGAUACCGACGCACGCCGACUUCCUCAUAGCAUACUCCACCAUCCCGGGCUUCUACUCAUGGCGUAACACACAGAAAGGUUCGUGGUUCAUGCAGUCGCUGUGCCAGGAGCUGAAUCAGCACGGUCGCAAGUACGACCUCCUGACGCUGCUUACGUUUGUAGCACAGCGUGUGGCGUACGACUUUGAAUCAAACACACCCGACAUGCCCAUGAUGCAUCAGCAGAAACAGAUCCCUUGUGUAACGACCAUGCUUACGCGUUUGUUGCGUUUUGGCGAUAAGAAGUAAAGCAGAGAGAACACAGCUAACGAACGCUGAAAACGAGGGAAAAAAAGACAUACAAAAUCCAAGUUCAUACAAUUUACUUCUAAUUUUUUUUAGAAUGUUUUCAAUAGCAUCUUGAAAUAGUAUAGAGAGAGGGAGAGUGGUUCAAUUCGAAUUUGCAUAACGCAAGAGAUUGAUGUAGUCCAUUCCUUUGGUAAUUAGUCAUUCUUUUCUACUGUUUUUACCCAUUUAAUUUUUUACACUAUCACGUAGAAUGACAUUAGCUAUUAAUUUUAGCUAUAUGUGUUUUGCUAUUUUAAGCUACUUAAAAGAAAAUUAUGUUAAGCUACCAAAGUGCCCAGUGCAAGUCAAGCACGGAUAUCUGGAGGCGAACAAAGUUAAGAAGCUUACAUAUAUAUUCACACGUAGUUAGAAUGCAUGAUUUGCAUGGGAUGCAUGCAUUUUAUUACGAUUCAUUUUAAUAUCCUAUUCAAUGCUUAGAGUAAUUGCCUAGUUGAAUACUUUUUUAAACAUUGAAUUGAUUUUAUUUUUCAUAAGGAAUUACUGACAUAAGUAAUUUCGUACAAGGACGUAAAUUAGCAUUCUUAAUUAGUGUUAAGCAUUUAUGAUUUUCUAAAAACGAAGCUAUAUUAAGCUGCCUAAGUGCCCAGUGCACGUGAAGCACGCAUAUCUAGUUGACAGCAGAGUAAAGAAUCUAAAAGAAUCUACACACAAGGUCUACACAGAACGUAAGAUUUAUGAUGCUAUAUUACGAAUCGUUUAAAAAUUUUAUCCAAUACUUAGAACAUAAAAGGAAGGGUUUAAUAAGUAAUUAAAUGUAUUAUGUUCACUUCAACAAUAUUUCGUUUAUAGAAAAAGGCCAUUAUUUUUGCUCUGGGGCGGCAGAUACAUUCGAUCUUUAAACCUUCCUACGAACAUUAUUUUUCCUGUUUUCAAUGCAAUUUAAUGUCUCAGGGUUACUUCUAAUGUCUAUUCAUGGCGACUACAAUAUUAAUGUUCAAAAUCACGAAUCCAUUGAAUUGAAAUUUCGUAAUAGUUCAAAUAAACUGCCAGAAAACGAAGCAAUUACUAGCAACAAAAUAUAAUAUUUUCUUAAACAGAUUUUCUGAAGAAAUAUACAUAAAAAACAAAAGAAACCUCACAGGCGUUACUUGCUAUGAACAUUAAAAGACGAUAAUAAAUAUCGGGCGGGAGAUAAUAUAAUAAAAUAUCCAAAAAAGAGAACUUUAAUAAAAAAAGAUGCGAAAACCAAAACAUAUGUUGCAA